ACUGCACCAGGAGUCAACAUCAUUGCUGCUUAUAGUGAAGCUGUAUCUCUCACAGAGCUAGAUUCUGACAAACGAAGAACGCCUUUCUUUACUUUGUCUGGAACUUCAAUGUCAUGUCCUCAUGUCGCUGGCCUUGCUGGGCUUCUCAAAGCCCUUCAUCCUGAUUGGAGUCCAGCUGCCAUUAAGUCAGCAAUCAUUACCUCAGCAACCACACUAGAUAACUCUAGAAAGCCAAUCCUGGAUGAAUCAUUGAACAAGGCAACUCCAUUUGACUAUGGUGCAGGGCACAUUCAACCUAAUCGUGCUAUGAACCCUGGACUUGUAUAUGACUUGAAUAUUACUGAUUAUUUGAACUUUUUGUGUGGUCGUGGCUACAACAGUUCACAGCUGAAAAUGUUCUACGGCAAGCCUUACACUUGUCCAAAGUCGUUCAAUAUUGCAGAUUUCAAUUAUCCGGCAAUCACAAUUCCAAAAUUUGGCCCUGGACAUUCUAUGAAUAUCACUCGAACUGUUACCAAUGUUGGGUCCCCAAGAACGUACAAGGUGCACAUCAAGGCACCACCACAAGUUCGAGUUUCGGUUGAUCCUAGGGAAUUGAUCUUCAAGGAAAAGGGUGAAAAAAAGGAGUUCAGAGUUACAAUGACAUUGAAGCCGCAAAGUAUGAACACAAGUGAUUACGUAUUCGGGUGGUUGACAUGGAGUGAUGGCAGGCACCAACGUGUCAGGAGUCCUAUUUCAGUUAACCUUACACAAUGAGGUUUAUGUUGAUGCUGCAUUUACCCACCAACUACAUGGAGUGGUCUUCGUCCCUUUUGCAAUAACGGUUUUG